AUGAGUGCAGAUACAGAUGUAAACGAAAGUGCUUGGCCGGAGGCAGAAGAACAGCAGGAUGAACCUGAUGGCACCCUUCCUGGCUCAACAAAUUACCAAGAAACAAAAGUAAGAUUUUCUCCAGCCAAAAUGUCAACCAAGAAUGCUACAGAUCUAGUUGAAUAUGUUGACAGGGGUCCUUCUUUUCUACCCGACAUUCAGAACACCCAGACAACUCAGCUGGAAGACCGACUGAAUAAUCAGGAGCGCACCAUCGCCUUCCUCCUAGAACAAGCCUUCCGCAUCAAGGAUGACAUUUCUGCUUGUCUCCAGGGGACCCAUGGCUUUCGAAAAGAAGAAUCUCUUGCCAGGAAGUUACUAGAAAGCCACAUCCAAACCAUCACCAGCAUCGUCAAAAAACUCAGCCAGAACAUUGAGAUCUUGGAAGACCAAAUAAGAAUUAGAGAUCAGGCGGCCACAGGAACUAAUCUUGCAAUGCAAGAUUUUAACAUCAAACACCUCCAAGGAGUCGGAGACCUUCGGGGAAGAGUAGCAAGAUGUGAUGCAAGCAUCAUAAAACUUUCUGGAGACAUUCACUUCAUCAAGCAUGAGUACCGUCAAAUUGAAAAAGCAAUUCAAGAGCUCAUGGCUAACAUAGAAACUAUUUCCAAGAACUUGGAUAUGAAGGUGACCCAGAUCUUAGGAAAAAUAGAGACAUCCGCUUCUCAGCAAACCUCAAAUUUAAAGGUAGUCCAGGGAGAUUAUCGCCAUGAAAUGAACCUUUUGGAAUUCAAAUUUAAUUCACUUUCAAAUAAUGUGUAUGAAGAAGUGGCAAACAAUCAAAAAUGGACAGAAGACCAGUUUAUCAAAUACAGAAAAGACCACCUAUGCCACAUAACUGAAUGUCUGAAGGUCCUGCAGGAGAAAUUGGAAAAGACCGAAAACAAAGUGGAUGAAAAGAUAAUACAACUUUCAAGCAAAUUAGAGAAUUUGAUUAACUCACAGAAACAGAAAACAGACCUAAACAAAACAAAGCAUUUAGAAAACAGACUGUCCAAAAAGAUGGAACAAAUGGAAAAGCAGAUCUGGAAUGAAUUAGAGAAAAUUCAAAAUGAGUAUCAGUCAGGAUUUAAAUCAGUUCAUGACUCAAUCAACUCCCUCCAAAAAAUACAGAAAACAAAAAUGGACUUAGAAAAAUAUAAAGUACAGAAAGAUCUAAAGAAAUUACGGCGCAAGAUAGUGGAACUCCAUGAAGUGUAA